AACAAAGAAAAGAGAGACGAGAGUUCAAUUGGGAGCACCGGUGGGGUGCCAGCCAAAGGGACUCCGACGCUCAAGUCAGUCGGGUUGUAAUGAGAGCUAAUAGAAAGCAAUAAAAUUAAGAUAUAAAUAAUCAAAAUAAUGAUGGAUGGAGGAGUCGUAAAAUGGUCAGAGUGACGGUGGCGAUGACGGAGGGGUCAAGCGACUAGGUCAGGUCCAAUUAGACUGACUAAUUAGUCUUGCUUGACUGGAUUGCUCAGAAAUAGAGUAGCCUUCGUUUCAAUUAUAGAGUAAAGAAAAUUCAGUGAUUAUCUGAUGCCUUUUCUCAACCUCUGAUGGUCUUAUUUAUUGUCCUCCUUUUCGUUCCGUCCUCCUUCGUCUUUCUGAUUCGUUUGACUCGCUCCAAGUGGUUUCGUUCCGAGAUUCUUGGCGAACGUGAUGGGAGCCUUGACUGUUUCAAGGUCCCUGGCUGACUGAGUGUAUCCGAAUUCAGGUCCGGGUAUGGUUUUGGGUAUUUGGAUGGUACUUUGUAUAUGCGAGCCUAUUUUACAUGGGCUUGGGACUUUUUGGCUAGUUAGAUAGCUUAUUGGGCUGACUGACUGCUUGUUGGACUAUUAUUUAUCAAGUAUACAGAUUUUGUCCACUACACCCAACCAAAAGAUUCAAAAUAUAUUGAGGAUAAGUUAUGAUGGGCUAGACGAUAAAGAAAGGGGUGUAUUUCUAGAUAUCGCAUGCUUUUUCAAAGGCAAGGAUAAGGAUUUUGUGGGAGGAAUAUUUGAUGAUGAUUGUACGUUUGCGGAUGUGAUUAGAGUUCUCAUUGAUAGAUGUUUGAUAUUUGAGAUAGAUUAUGAGAAUAAGACCACACUAUGGAUGCAUGAUUUGAUACAAGAAAUGGGCCGGGAAAUUGUUCGUCAAGAAUGCAUCAAAGAGCCUGGAAUGCGUAGCAGACUAUGGAUUACAGAAGACAUUUGUCAUGUCUUAAAAAAUAACACAGCUAGCGAAAAAGUUGAAGGAAUAUUACUAAACUUCUCUGGGAUCAAUAAAGGGAGUCAUUUCAAAUUGAAGCCUACAGUCUUUAGAGAAAUGUACAAUCUAAGACUACUUCAAAUAUUUGGAGAUCGUAUACAAAUGGAGAAGUGCAAAUUUCAACUUCCUCAUGGUCUUGAUACACUUCCUGAUUCUCUUAGAUAUCUCAAUUGUCCUUACUACCCAUUCAAGUCUUUACCAUCAAAUUUUGUUCCACAACAUCUUGUGGAACUCAACAUGCCCUUUAGCAAGUUGGAGCAACUUCCAAACGAAUUCAAGUGUCUUGAGAGCUUAAAAGUUGUCGAUCUCAGUUUUUCAAAGAAUUUGAUUCAUAUGCCAGAUUUAUCUCAAGCUAAUUUGAAGAGUCUAUUUCUUAAAGGCUGUGAGAGUUUGGAAGAAGCUCCUUCACUCAAAUUUCAACAAAUUCUUCCUCACAAUAAUAUCAAUUAUUGGAGACCUGAGGAGACUAAUCAUAAACCAUCGUGGUUGGAAUCUUAUGAACGCAUAGACUACUUUCUUAAUCUCGGUGGCUGCUCUACUCUUAAAGUUCUCUCAAAGAUGUCUGGGAACAUUAAAUACAUUUCUUUAUCUUCCACUGCCAUAGAAGAGCUGCACUCUUCAAUUUGGUCUCUUGUUCGUCUUUCUAUUUUGGAUCUUAGCAAUUGUAAAUGCCUCAAGAAUCUUCCGAGUGGAAUUGGACAGUUGGAGUCUCUAAAUCAUCUAUAUUUAGAUGGUUGUUUAUCUUUUGAUAGGUUUCCUGAGCAGCUUCCAAAGGAAAUUAGAUUAUUAGACUUGAGCGGAACUAAGAUAAAAGAAGUGCCUUGGUCUUCCUUAGAAAAUCUCUCUAGUCUUGAGAAUCUAUGUCUAAUGAAUUGCACAGAGCUUGAAACCCUACCAACGAGUAUCUGUAAGCUGACAUCUCUUGUGAGUCUAAACCUAUCUGAUUGCUCAGAAUUGAAAAGUUUCCCAGAAAUCUCAGAGCCAAUGAAAAGUUUGAGAACCCUUCAUCUAGAUCAAACAGGAAUUAUAAAGUUACCCUCGUCAAUUGAAAAUCUUAUUGGGCUUGAACGGCUGAGUUUAAGGAGAUGUAAUAAUCUAGAGUUUAUUCCAAACAACAUAUACAAUAUGAGCCAUCUUCAAUGGCUGUGCCUUUCUAAAUGUUCAAAACUUCAAAGUUGGCCUGCUGUGACGGCUGAUUUCCAAUUUAAGAUUGAAGUGGAUCUUAGCUAUAAAAACAUAUUCAAAAUCCCUGACUGGAAUCUUGGUUUAUCUUCAUUACCAUUGAUGGAGUCUGAACCAUGUGGAUCAAUGAUUGAUGAAGGACUAGUGAGCAUCAAACGACUUUCUAAUAUGGUUUUAUAUUUGUUACAACGUUGUGACACUGCCGAUACUUUCGUCGUACCUGAUUUCAUGGUCGAAUCAUGUCGAUGCUUGGCCUCAUAUAGUGACAAACAACCAUACCAUUUUUGUGGUUGCUCAAGAUGGAAUAUUGAAAAAUACAACAAAAUAGUGACUGACUUCUGGAAAUAUCUCUUCCGUCAGGCAACUUAUUUUGGUCGACAACCAAAGGUAUGUUAGUGUUUUUCUUUCUUUGGUAAUAAUAAUUAAAAUUAAUUAACCUGUGUUUUUACAAAUGAAAUAAUUAUAAUAAUUUCUCUAAAUUGUGUUGCAGAGAAAUAUUUUUCCGAGAAUGUAUUUAUGUUGUCCAGGAAAUGAAUUUGCGGAUUUUUUUGAUAAUGUGUCUGAAGGAUCUUCAGUUGAUGUCAAUCUUUGUCCACAGUCUUAUAAUUCCAACUUUUUGGGUUAUGUCUUUUGUGUUGUCAUCGAAUUUGAUCACUACUGUUUUGAUAUUAACCAUUUGAAUUUUCGAUGCGAGUACAAUUACAAAACCAAUAAUGGUGAAAGCAACAAGCGUAGUUGGAGUAUCCAUAUACCAGAAAACAAGUACGCAUUUGUUGAGAUUGGAAUUCUCAAUUCAGAUCACAUGUUUAUGGGGUGUAUUCUUGAGGAGUACAGUGAGGAUCUUAAUGCAAAUGCAUUACAGAUAGUGUCAUUUGAUUUUCACCUUGACCAACAUGAUUGGGAAGCACUAGUUAACGUUGGCAAGUAUAGAGUGAAAAAGUGUGGAGUUCACAUGUUAAAUCUUGAUGAUUUAAUUGACGACUCAAAUCAUUUAGAUGCUGAGUUUGAUAAUGAUGUGUUAUUUUACAGAAGAAAACAAUUUCAGUUUUCAGGUAAGGGCCCAUUCAUUAUGCGAUUAUUAUAACUUAUGUAGUCUCUUUUGUUCUCUAUAGUGAGUGUUAAGAUUAAUGCUUUCUUGUGAGUUUGAGAGUGUUUUUUCUCUUUGUGAACCGUGACUUUGUAAUAACCUUGAUCAUCUAGUAAGUUUGAAGUAAAACCUUUGUU